UCUCAUUGGGGGGCGGGGACAUCGAUCAAGAGGCAGACGGACGAUGUUGUGCUCGUGCCUCAGCGGCGGAGCGCCUUUCCCGUGAGCCUUUGCGACUCGCCAGUUCCAGGAGCGGGACCCAGAAGACUGGACCUUCCAGCCAUCGCAGGCCCCUUUUUUGAGAUGGAGGAGCCAUACGCCAAGAUCCUGGCGCUGGAGACGUUUCAUGUAGAGCAGGUUCCACCAACUGUCUAUUAUGUUCCAAACUUCAUCUCGGAGUCGGAGGAGACCUACCUGCUGCACCAGGUUUAUGCUGCCCCCAAACCCAAGUGGACCCAGCUGUCUGGAAGAAAGCUGCAGAACUGGGGAGGGCUGCCCCACCCCAAAGGGAUGGUACCGGAGAAGCUGCCCGCCUGGCUGCAGAGCUAUGCCGAGAAGAUCUCCUCCCUCGGAGCGUUUGGAGGGAAGCUGGCGAACCACGUACUGGUGAACGAGUACCUCCCUGGGCAGGGGAUCAUGCCUCAUGAAGACGGACCUCUGUACUUCCCCACCGUCACCACCAUCAGCCUGGGAUCACACACGCUGCUGGACUUCUACCAUCCCGUCAGCAGGGGGCAGCACGCGGACAGCGAGCAGGUCCCUGCGCUCCAGACAGAGGAGCAGCGCCACUCCCUGUCCCUGCUGCUGGAGCCGCGCAGCCUCCUGGUCCUGCGGGAGGACAUGUACGUCCGUUACCUGCACGGGAUCCGACCCGCCACCUCCGACACCGUCACGGAGAAAGUGGCCAACGUGGCGGCCUGCAGCGUGGCGCUGGGGGACGAGCUGCGCCGGGGAACCCGGGUGUCGCUCACCAUCCGCCAUGUCCCCAAGGUGCUGAAAACGGCCAUUUUCCUGGGCAAGGGGAAGUGAAGGGAGGAGUUUGCUUCCCUCUCUCCCACCCAGGCUCUUGCCUGAGAACGGUGCUGUGAAAUGCACAGUUAACGAGGGGGUCGGGAGGCCCGGACAUGGAAGGCUGCGGCGACCCCAUCCUGCGGUGUGCUGGGAGAACGGGAAGAGCUGAGCCCGAGAGCGUCUCACCUGCACGGGAGGAGAAGAGCAGCCUCUGGGGUCAUCUGUACGAAAGUGCAGAGGCUUGGACAGGAUGCAGCGUGGUCUAGUGGUUAGAGCGAGAGGCCAGGGUGUCAGGACUCCUGGGUUCUAUUCCUGGCUCUGGGAGGGGAGUGCGGGGCCUAGUGGUUAGAGCAGCAAGGCUGGGAGCCAGCACUCCUGGGUUCUGUUCCCAGUUCUGGGAGGGGAGUGAGGGUCUGGUGGUUAGAGGAGGGGAUAGGAAGCCAGAACUCCUGGCUUCCUACUCCCCACUCUUGCGCCUGCCUCACUGUGUGACCUUAAGGGACUCUCCCUCCACCUCCCAGUGCCUUAGUUUCCCUGGCUGUGACAUGGCAGGGGUUGCUAUCCGUUGGCAAAGCACCCUGAGCACUGCAGAAGCACGUGGCGGGCUUGCCUGCUCCUACCUGUGUUCAAACACAUUCAUUGAAACUCGGUGAACUCUAAUAAAGGCAGGGGCGGGUCAUUCCACCUCGCUGGUGGCUCCUUGCUGCUGCUUGAGGAAUCGG